AUGGGUGAUAAGGGAGAUACAACCAAGAUGCAACCACAACAAAAGCAAAUUUCAACUUCUCCCAAAGACCCACUUGAGGAAUCGACAGAGUCAAGGCCACACCAUCACCAACAGUCCCCUCCGGUCGUUGCUGCUAAAGGAGCUUCUCCCUUCAUCUCUGUCCCUCUUUAUGUUCCAAGUGGUGCUACAUCAUCACCAUUUGAGCAACAAUUUGAGGCUGUGAAUCCAAAGAGACCUAGGUAUACGGGGCAAUGGAAGCUUCUACCUUCUCCAACUUCACAACAAAAACAGACCCAGUUGGCUAUGCUAAGCUCCGAAUCAAGCCCAUCACCGACCACACACGCAACCAACCCACAAACCCAGCAACACCACACAACAGCCGCUUCCUCUUCAGACACAGCCUCAUCGCCAUCUCACUCUCCUAUGCCUUCUAUGUCUGCUGCCUCCGGCCAAGACACAGACAAGCUAGAGGGAGAGCAAUCUCAUCAUCAAAUCAGAAAAGGAAAAUAUGUGAGCCCUGUUUGGAAACCAAACGAGAUGUUGUGGUUGGCUAGAGCUUGGAAGAUUCAAUACCAAGGUGGAUCUGAUAUAGGGUCUGGCUCAUCUUCAAGAGCAGAGCAAUUAGAGAGUGGUCAAAGUAGAGGUAAAACUAGAGCAGAUAAAGAUAAAGAAGUAGCUGAUUUUCUUCAAAGACAUGGGGUCAAUAGGGAUGCUAAAACUGCUGGGACUAAGUGGGACAAUAUGUUGGGGGAGUUCAGGAAGGUGUACGAGUGGGAAAGAGGGGGUGAGAGAGAGCAAGUUGGAAAGAGUUACUUUAGGCUCUCUCCUUAUGAAAGGAAGCUCCAUCGAUUGCCAGCUUCGUUUGAUGAAGAAGUUUUUGAAGAGCUUUCACAGUUCAUGGGUUCUAGAAUGAGAUCAUCUCAAAGUAGAGGAAGCUUAGGAAUUGUAGCUGGGGAUGAUAGUCGAACAGUUCUCACUGGGACAAGAGCUUUGCCUCCACCUCCUCCAUUCAAAGAAGAUGAACUCCCUCUUUCAGCUCGGGCAAAACAAUUGGUUAUGACCAGUGGUAAUGAACCUUUAUUCCAUGGUACCAGAGGGACCUUACUAGGGUUUGAGUCUCCUCUAGACAUUGUAGCCGCUUCAUCUUCUUCAUUAUCUAAAGAGCUCCGUCGAAUUGGAAAGAUACGAAUGACAUGGGAAGAAUCAGUGAGCUUAUGGGCUGAAGAAGGUGAGCACCAUAGAGGAAGGGUGAGGCUCCAAGGUUCAAGCUUUUUAAAUGCAGAUGAGCUUACUUUCUUUGACGAUUCCACGGUCCCUUGCAACAUGGAAACCUUUGAAGAUGGGCCUCUUAAAGGCUUCUCUGUAGAUAGAUUCGUUUCUGGACAACAAGUCAAAGUUUUUGGCAGGAGGAAAGCUUCCUCUACAGCUUCUUCUGGCUUCACUGAGAGAGUCCAGCUUCCUUUCACUGAACCCUCUAUCAGAUCUAUUCCUCCAUGGGAAUAUCAAGAUCCGACUGAGUAUUACGUAGGGUGUCUGCGAGUUCCACCACCAACACUACCAAGCUUGUUUGAGCUCUCAUUACACUUGCAAGAACCACCACCUGAAGAAUUGCGUUUUCCACUGCGAAGAGAUGUUUACCGGGACUUGCCUCUAGGGAAAGAGCAUUUCUUUACAAUCUCUACCGAGUUAUUAGACUGUAGAACCUUCAUAUACGACAUUCUGAGCCCAAUUAUCCGAACUAACCCUAGCAUUAGCAGUGCCACUUUUACAAGUAGAGACUCUUUUAUUGGCCUUUGGGAUGAUUGCAUCAAUAGGAUUGUGUCUAAAUUCUGUUCAGUUGAAAUGGUUGUUAUAAGAAAACCCUCUUCAGCGUCGACCGAGAUGUUGCAGGAUCAAUGGCCUAACGUGACGGGUUUUGUUAGAAAUUUUUGCUUAUGGAGAGGUGAGGAAGCUGAUAAAUCAAGGGAUGAAGCUUUGGACCCCUCAUCUUCAAUUGCUGAAAAGCUUUUAUGGACGUACACGGAUCUUCCAUACAUUUUGGGCUACUAUGCUGUUGGUUAUUUGGUAACAUUUUGUGCACUAACCCGUGCACAAGACCGCAUUAUCCGAACAGAUUUAUGCUCACUAGACCUAUCUUCACCGGUGGAGAGACUCAAAGCCCUAGUCCCAUGUUACAGAAUUGCUGGGCUUUUGCCAUUGCUAGCUGAUCGGUGCUUCAAUAACAUCAACAACAGUGGUGUGAAUUACAAGCAGCUGUUUGCUUAUAGUGAUUUUGAGAGACUUGAUUUGGGUAAUGGAAAUUUCAUCGAAAUGACUCCAAAUACCGUGACCAGAAUUUUCUCAAGCAAAAGAAGAUGGACUGCAGUGAAGGAAAUCUACGAUUUUCUUGACCAACGUAUCCCACAUGCGGAAUUCAUUUUCCGAUCAUCGGAGAAAGACUUGGCAUUGGUUUUCAAGCCAAGAGGGUGCAAAUUCAAGCCGACAAACUGUGACCAACUCGUGGAGGCACUCAAGUACGUGACAAAAGCCUUAGUAGCACUACACGACCUAUCUUUCAUGCACAGAGACUUGGGUUGGGACAAAGUGAUGCGACGAAGCGACAGAGAAAACGAGUGGUUCGUCUGCGGGUUCGAGGAAGCAGUGGGCGCACCACAAAUAUACCCGCACGGGGCGGCUGCCGCCGGAGGAGUAGGAGACGCGGCGGCGCGUGGAAGACACGCGCCAGAGAUGGGAAGGGGGCUGCAUGGAGUGAAAGUGGACGUGUGGGGUGUAGGGUAUUUAGUAAAGACGAGUGGGUUAGGUGGUAACGGAGUUGUGGGUGGGGUCCCAAAGAUGCUGAGAGAGCUUCAGAAUCGGUGCUUGGAUCAGAACCCAGAGCAGAGGCCAACUGUAGCCGACUGUUACCACCACCUGCUUCAGUUGCAGUCAUCUCUGUCAGCUUCUUCUGGAGGAGGGUACUGAUAAAUCUCUGAAUA